AUGAUACACAGGUGCUUUUCAAUGAUACCUCAUCUUGUUUUCAACACAGCCAGAAAACUUAAAAGAAAAAAUUAUAAGCAUCUCAUACUAACGCUGGUUGCUUUCCUUCUGUUGUUUUUCAUAUAUACGGACUAUUAUGAGAGUACUUCACGCACUGCUCUUGCCGUCCUAAAGGCCACAUUUGCUAUUUUCCAGACUGAUGAUAUUGAGUUGGGGACAAAAAUAUACAAGAAACUACGGUUCGACACAAGCCCGACAUGGAUUGAUGAAUACGAACUUCAGAAGGAUCUCUUGACAAUAAAGAUAGGACCCAACCAAGGAAAGACCUUGACUUCAAUAGAUGAAUUAGAGUUCUACGAUAGUGAUCCAAGAAUAAUAUGGUCUGUGUAUUUGAAAUACCUGACUAAUGAAAAUGAAAUGGACUCUGGUCUUCCGUUUUCUUGGUAUGAUUGGGCAGAUUUCCACGAUUAUAAUAAACUCAUUGCGUCAAAAGAUUCAAACCUUUCAUGUUCUUUUAUCUUUGAGACAGCAUUUGAUCUCGAAAAACUAAAGUCACUAGAACGGGAUUUAUCUGAACCAUUAUUUACUGAGGAAAGGGCAAAAUAUAAUGAUCCAUUUUGGUAUAAAAAUGCAAGGAAAUUAAGUACUGGUGCCGAUAUGACUCUUUUACCAAACCAUUGUACAGAUAACAAGAGUAGUUCGUGGAAAUUCAACACACCUUUCGUGGUAACGGAUUUGUACGACAAAAUGAGGCCUGAAGUAUAUGAUUUUCAUACAAGAAAUUAUAUCUUGAAUACCCUAAGCGCCCCACUUUCAUUGACGUUCCUUAAUAGUGAUCAAGAUUGUUUCCGUAUCAUUCUUGAUCAAACUAAUCGCUCUAAUAUGAUUGAAUCAGGACUCUUAGCCAAAUAUCUUGCAUCAGAAGAAGAUGUAAAUGAAGUUAUUUUCGAUCACCAUAAGGUAUAUGGUGAGUUUUUAACGAGCCCGCAGGCUGAAACAUAUAAAAUCAACAUUGAAGGAACCAAUAAGAAUGUUUAUAAUGAUGAACUUGUCCAUUUAAAUCCCGAUGAUUUUGAUUUUGAUGUCAACGCAAAGAUCCAUGAAUUGGAAACAAGGUUAGAUACACUAUCUGUUCAUGAUGUUCAUUACCUGGAAAGUUUAAAAACAUCUGUUGCUACCCAUCCAGCCUUAGCUAGGAAAUAUUUCUCAGAAGCUAGAAAUCUUCAACAAGUCAAGGGUUUAGGCCAUCAUCGUGAUAAAACAUUCUUUUAUAAAAAUAUGGACAUAAAUUCCCAAGAAUAUGCAAAUCGUCUUAAUUCCAUGAUUCGAACUUUUCAAAAGUUUGUUAAGGCUAAUGGGUUAAUAUCUUGGCUUGCACACGGAACACUGUUUGGCUAUUUGUAUAAUGGCGAGACUUUUCCAUGGGAUAAUGACUUUGAUCUUCAAAUGCCAAUUAAACAUUUGCAUUACAUGAGCCAGUAUUUUAACCAGAGUUUGAUAUUAGAAGAUCCAAGAGAGGGGAACGGUCGUUUCCUUCUUGAUGUAGGCGAUUCUCUUACCAUUAGGGAAAAAGGAAAUGGAGAUAAUAAUAUCGAUGCUAGAUUCAUUGAUAUAGAUUCAGGAGUAUAUAUCGAUAUUACAGGCCUAAGUGUUUCACCUGAGCCAUUUAAAUCUAACAUAGAGCCAUUCAUCGAUGCCAACGAGUUUAAUGAAACCAAAUCUUCUUUACAGGAUAUAACUUCUAAAAUGGAAUCUAAUCAAGAGGAGAAUGGUAAUUCACUAGCUACUAUGACUUUGGCUAAUUUACUGAAUUACGCCAAAGAUCAUUCAGAAGAUUUCGAUAAAGAUACUGUUAAAUUGAUUUCAAAAACUAUAAAGUCUGAAGAAAAUGAAAUAAAAGCAGCUAGUAACUUGCUGAAGAAUCUCGAUAGAAAACAAAGGUUAUAUAUGAACCGCAAAUUUCAUGUUUACAAUUGCAGAAAUAGACAUUUUACUACACUUGGGUUGCUAAGCCCACUGAUAAAUACAAAUUUCCAUGGUGUCACAGCUUUAAUUCCUCAUCAACACAUAUCAAUUUUGAGAGACGAGUAUAAACUUCCAGAAAAAUUUGGAUUCCUAACUUUUGAAGGUCGAGUCUUCUUACCAGAAUUGAAAUACUGGUUGAACUUUCCUAUAUUGAAAAAGGUGGCUAAUUUGAAUAAUGGCAAUGCAAAUUUACCAAAAUUGCAAUCGCCAUUAAAUGCUCCAUCUUUCUCUGAACUUUAUCUUUUAUAUUCUAAUGCCAUUCGCCUCGGUUUCCAUGAUUUAUUUGGCAUUUUAUUUUCAUCAUUUGAUGUAACGACAUAUAGGCUUAAGGAGCUUGAGAUCCAAUAUGAUGAGACACUAGAUAUCGAAGAGAAACUACGACUGUUAAGUCUCAUGCGCGAUAAAGCUGCUCCAACCUUGAAAUCACCAGGGAAGGAUCCAUAUACGUAUAACUAUGAAACGAGGAUGUGGAACAGCUUUAGUAAAAAUGUGGUAGAUAAGAAUUCUGUGGAUAAUAUUAGAGAAUAUGUGGAUUUUUUCAAUCUAGAUAAACUAUGGAGGCAAAUCGAGCAAUUGGAGCAACGAUCUUUGAAUAUGCUUAAGAUAGAAAAUGAUGACGGUGGAAAGGUGGAUUUAAAUAAGUACGGACUAAAUCUGUUUACAGGUGAGACAAAAAUGGAUAAUCACAUUUUUAAAUAUGACCACAUGAACAUAACGUCACCGGUGGUCAACUAA